AUGACAGCUCCGAACACCCCGCCUCCGGGCUCCGCCUCCGGGCCGGGGCUAUCCGCAACGUUCUCAACUCCGGGUCUGCCACCGGAUUAUCGAGAUGGGCUUGGGCUUGAUAUGCAUGGAUAUGUGACACCCAGUAUCGAAGAGGCUUACCAUAUCCAUGCCAUGCACACUGGUGCUGCUAUCCCGACACCAGCAACCCCUGGUCAAUUUGGCAUACUUGCGCCGAUAGCAGUAUCGGUGCCUGUUAUGGAAACACCAGUCGUAGGAAUGUUCAGUGUACAAAAUAAUGCUCACCCACAGGAGGUUGGAAGAUCGAAUGGCCACUUGAGCAGUAAGAUUAUUGUUGACCCCCCAGAUCUGGAGAUGUGGCGGAAUAAGCUGUUCAACGUGGAUGAGACGAUUGUUCUUACACAUGAAGAGUUCGAGACAUAUUUUCCUCAUAUAGACAACGUCUACUCCCAUCGCUCGACACAGCGUUAUAAGCGCAAACCUUUCAUCUCACACUACUGGGACUGUCGUAUGAAAGGCCGUCCUCCAGGAACACCCAAAUCCGAUGACCCCAAUAAGAAGAAACGAAAGAGAAAUGCACGCCAGCGCGAUUUAUGUGAUGUCAAGAUAAAAAUUACAGAGUAUUUCCCGGGGGCUCGACUGGACCUUGAUAACGCCAGUGGUCUUGACGCAGGUCUGGCAGGCCAGCGAUUGUGGACAAUACAGAGAGUCAAUGGCAAUGGAGGUAAUGGAAAGGGAGACGGCGUUUCUGGGCCACAUAAGCAUACGCUUGAAAGGAGUGACGAGAUAAAGAAGAAUAGUGUGCAGAGGUAUUUGGCAAACCAAGCUGAUGUGAAAAAGGAUAAGGAGAAAGUCCAGCCUCCCCCGAAAGCCACAGGAGCUGCACUACUCACAGCUAGAAAACACGCAAAGGAGAGUGAAUUCAAGUUAUACGCGGCAUGUUUCUGCCCAUUCUCUCAACGUGUCUGGAUCGCUCUGGAGGCAAAGGGCAUGCACUACCAGUACUGCGAAACAGAUGCCUUCCGUCACCCAACCCAGCCCCUCCCAGCUAAAUCUCAUGGCUAUGUGCCCACCAUAGCACAUAACGACUGGUCAUGUUCGAAUAGUGCUGUCAUAUUAGAAUAUGUGAGUCUUGUCUCAAAGUUGCUGGUUGGUGAUAUUCAUGAGAUGCGCAGCUCGAAGAUCUCGGCCAAGGAACACCGAUGCUUCCGGUAG